CAAGGGCAAACAAUGGCAGACUGAAGAAUGAAAGACCUCACAACUAAGGAUCUGUUUUUAAAAGAAGAGAGCAUAUUUCUGGACCAUAGAAGAUACAGUAUUUAGCAUCUGGAGCCACUUGAGCCAUUUUAAUCAAGAUAGGAGCAUCCUAUGAAGCAAUAAUCAUGACAUCAUAUGAACAAGGUCAGUCUCCAACUCGAUGUGGUCCACAGUUUCCGAGCUUGGGACAGGAGCCUCCAGAGCUGAGCCUUUACAGCGAUAAUUACUAUCAUCCUCCAUCAUUGCCAAGUCCACAGAGGACAAACCCCUCCUCAUAUGAUCUUGGGGAAUAUGCAACUUCAUCUUCUAACCCAUACCUAUGGUUCAGUGGUACUGGGAUCAACACUUCUGCAUAUCUAGGUGGUGCACCAGGUCCUGCUGUUCCCUCCUUUGUACCACAGCACUAUGGCAUGCAGCGGCCCUACCUUGGGCAGGGAGGUCCCGGGGGUGCGGGUGGAGAACUGGGUUGGUUCUCCAUACCUUCUCAGGAGGACCUAAUAAAGCUGGUCAGACCACCAUACUCAUACUCUGCACUUAUUGCAAUGGCAAUACAUGGUGCCCCAGAUCGGCGCCUGACUCUGAGUCAGAUUUACCAGUAUGUAGCAGAAAAUUUUCCUUUCUACAAUAAGAGCAAAGCGGGCUGGCAGAACUCCAUUCGUCACAACCUUUCACUGAAUGAUUGUUUCAAGAAAGUUCCUCGUGAUGAAGAUGAUCCUGGUAAAGGUAAUUACUGGACCCUUGACCCAAACUGUGAAAAAAUGUUUGACAAUGGCAACUUCAGGCGCAAGAGGAAAAGAAAAUCUGAUGGUAUUGCUGGAGAGGGCAGCUCUGGUGGAACUGGUAGCUCAGACGCAGGAGAUGGGAGUGCGAGCCCCAAAAAUGCAACGCUUGACAUUUCAGCCUCACCUGAGAAAGCUUUGGCGAUGGGUCCUCCCCCUUGCCUGAGCAACUUUCUGACAGAAAUGUCUGGGUUAUCAGCUGGGUCAGUGGAGGUGGGUGGAGAACCCAUUAAUCGCCCUAUUCCUCUCAGCAUGCCAGUGGAUGGCACACAAAGAGCAACCCAAACACCAGGCUUCAGCUCCUACUCCUCUGGUUCCACAGUUCCUGAGUGGGUGUCUCCUCUCCCACCACCGCCUCCCAUCUCCCCGUCAGGUUCUCAUGCCACUUUAGGCUAUAGCAGUCCUGGUCUAAACCAGUUCAGUGGCCAUUUCUAUUCUGGCUUGAACUCAACCAGCAUUCUGUAUCCCAGAGAGGGCACAGAGGUGUGAUAGAACUGGACAAAAGCCAAGAGUCAAUAAGAAAUAACACAAUCUGCAUAGUGAACUCCUGGAAUAGACUGCUUCACACUUACUACCAGUUGACUGGUUUUGGUUGAAUGGCGAAAUGGUCCCGUGAGUGUGAGAUUACAGCAGAUUCCCACAGGAACAGCUUAGUCAGCAUCAUGAUGUGCGUGAUACUAACAAAGGCCACCAGCACCUUCAGUGUGAGGUCUGUUGCUGACAUUAUGCCAUUCCAUCCAACCAUCUUGCUGAUCAUAUCAUUAACUGUGAGCACUUGUACUAACACUGAACAUGGCUUAAAAAAGUCUUUAACCAGCAGAGAAAGUGCAUGGGGUGCAACAUUCUUUAUUGUACACCUGUAAUUUGAUACUUUCAGUUUUUUAAAGAUUGCCUUGUUUGUUUGCUUAAUGGAAAGUUGUCUUUUUACUUCUAAUGGUGUGAGUAAAUGUUGUACAAAGUUUUAUGUGUGCCUGUACUUUUUUUUAAAUAAAGAAAUGUAAAAACUAUCCAAUGCUUUAUCAACUGACCACAAUAAUGAUUGACUAUAUCAUAACUUUUAGAGAACUUUUAAUGCAAAAAUACUAGCCAACUAAAUGCAUGGCAGAAAAAGAUAAUUAUUAAAAAUGUGAAAGUAGUCUUGACCCAUUUUUAAUUCUCAUUUUGGCAGAUGAGUGUUUGUUAGAAAAUCUUCCACCAAU